CUCAGAAAUACCCGGGAGUGCCUCAAUUGCAGCUUCCGGCCACAUCCACACCCACCGAAUCUCGAAAUCUCGAAGUCUCGCGUCACAAUGGUUCACAAAAUCCUCUUCUGGAGCGGCUUCGGCGUCGCUGUACGUCUAUGGCAGCUCGGGAUUGAGAUGCGGCCUAUGUUCAACAAGGAAUCGCUCUGGGUUUACCCCAUCUAUGCCACCGUCGGAGGAAGCUUCGGCUACUGGUUGACCGGCGUGGAGGGGCGACAAUUCAAAGUGCUGGCGGACCGACGGGACAGGCUGCUCGAGAAGCGGAGGCGGAGCAAAGAACAGGAAGGGCUUGAGGAUGCAGCGGCAUAGAUCAGACGAACGUGGAGCCAAGGCAUGGCAAUCUUUAAGGGAAUCAAACAGAUCUCGAUGGAAGACGCUCUACAUGGGGCUUGACUGCAAAAUCUGCUUCCAUUCGCAAGCUUGAUAUGCGCGGAUGUAGAGGAGGGGCGGAGAUGAAGUACUUCUUACGACUCCUUCUGGGCCGGGGACUCAAAAUGUAUAAACUCCUCAACCAUGAGAUUGCCAUUUGUAGAGCUUGUGAACUCGUGAUGAACUCGGAGAGCUCUCCCGGCUAUCCCUUCUCAAACCGACGAGAGCUCUCGUUCACACGUGCACUAUUUCUAAACUGUUAUAGACAUUGCACCAACUUUCGUCGAGCAGACUGAAAGAGUCCCCGG